AUGCAAAAGGCAACGGUUAAGCCAGAUGACUACAGCUACAGUGCCGCCAUCAGCGCAUGCGAGAAAGGCAGUCAAUGGCAUCAAGCAUUGAAGUUGUUUGAUGCCCUGCAAAAGGCAAAGGUCCGGCCUGAUGUCAUCAGCUACAGUGCUACCAUCAGCGCAUGUGAGAAGGGCGGUCAAUGGCAGCAAGCAUUGAAGUUGUUUGAUGCCAUGCCCCCAGCAAAGGUUCAGCCAAAUGUUUACAGCUACAGUGCCGCCAUCAGCGCAUGUGAGAAGGCAAAGGUUCAGCCUAAUGUCAUCAGCUUCAAUUCCGCCAUUAGCGCAUGUGAGAAGGGCGGUGAAUGGCAGCAAGCAUUGGAGUUGUUUUAUGCCCUGCUAAAGGCAAAGGUUCAGCCUGAUGUCAUCAGCUACAGUGCCGCCAUCAGCGCAUGUGAGAAGGGCGGUCAAUGGCAGCAGGCAUUGAAGUUGUUUGAUGCCAUGCCCCAGGCAAAGGUCCAGCCUGAUGUCAUCAGCUUCAACUCCACCAUCAGCGCGUGUGAGAAGGGCAGUCAAUGGCAGCAUGCAUUGAGGUUGUUUGAGGCCAUGUCGAAGCAGAACGUGUCGCCAAAUUUAGUUACUUACAAUGCUUUGUUGCAGAGCGCCGCGGUUCAUUCUGGCGAGAUUGGUAGGCAGUUGUUUCUGCAAUGCAACCUUCAAGUGGUUCGGACACUGCGAGCAUGUGGAUCUUCCAAAAUUGACCUGCAUGACCUUUCGGAAGGAACUGAUUUGCUUGCUUUGCGGUAUUGGUUGUCCAAUGCAGUCGCCCGAGACUUGGAGAGCAGCGACCCACUGACUUGUAUCAUCAUCACCGGUUACGGAAAAUCUCGCAAGGACUGGGAUACCACAGAUGUACGUCUGGCGGCCUUGAACUUUUUUCAACGCCUGGGACUCAACGCGUUUCCGUUCCCUCAAAACCCUUGA